AUUUUCUCUCUCUUAUAUAUAAAAAAAAAACUUUAUAAAAUGAUUGGAUUGAAGGGUACACUUAAUGUCAUUGACAACUCUGGAGCUAUUCUUGCCGAAUGUAUUCAAGUCUUGAGCGGUGCUCGUUUCGCCAGAGCUGGUGAUGAAAUUGUUUGUGUUGUAAAGCGUGCUAGACCCAUUAACCCUAGCAUUGCCGGUACUCAAGCUGCCGCACAAAAAGUAAAGAAGGGUGAUGUCCGUCAUGCUCUUGUUGUUCGUACAAAGAAAGAAAUGUCUCGUCCUGACGGUCGUACCAUUCGUUUCGACGACAAUGCUUGUAUCUUAUUAAACUUGAAGAAGGAACCUCUCGGUACUCGUGUAUUGGGUGUUGUUUCUGCUGAAUUAAGAAUGAAGAACUGGAUGAAGGCUGUUUCCCUUGCUCCCAGAAUUGUAUAAAUUUUCUAUCGUUUUAAUCCAUACACAUUAUUUCCGUCAUAUAUCGCACACACACAAAAAAAAAAUUAGAGGUAAUCCCAGCCUUCAUUCCAUUAGAAACUGAUCUAUUAUUCAAAUAAAAGACAUAUCGAGUUUGAGGGUGAAGAAGAUGUUUUUCAUGUCUUUUUCAUCUUUUUUUUUAUCAUUGUA